AUGGCCACAAGCGCUGUACAAAAGUUUCGCCCAGUGGUAGUGUCAGGUCCCUCGGGGACUGGAAAGUCGACACUGCUCAAGAGGCUUUUCGCCGAGUAUCCUGAUACUUUUGGAUUCUCUGUGUCGCACACAACCCGCGCUCCUCGCGCAGGAGAGGAGCAUGGACGCGAUUAUUAUUUCACCACGAAAGAAGAUUUCCUGGACCUCGUGAGCAAAAACGGAUUCAUUGAGCAUGCUCAGUUCGGAGGAAACCAUUACGGUACUAGUGUACAGGCAGUGAAGAACAUUGCGGAGAAGAGCAGGAUUUGCAUUCUCGAUAUUGAGAUGGAGGGAGUGAAACAAGUCAAGCGCACUGAUCUCAAUGCUCGAUUCUUGUUUCUUGCACCGCCAUCAGUGGAGGAAUUGGAGAAGCGGCUGCGCGGGAGAGGAACCGAGACGGAGGACAGUUUGACGAAACGUCUCGCCCAGGCGAAGAACGAGCUCGAGUAUUCGGCUCAGCCGGGUUCUCACGACAAAAUCGUCGUCAACGAUGACUUGGAGAAGGCGUAUGUGGAGUUGAGGGAUUGGAUUGUUGACGGUGGUAAUUUUGGGGCAUAA